UGCUCUCGCACCGAACUGGAGAGUCUCUGGGUUGAGCAUCAGAAAUCAACGCGCCAGUUGAGCUGUGCUGUUCACUCCGUGAAGAUAUUUUUGGAUCAGACUGCAGGCGAGCUCUGUUCGAGUGUAUUUGGCUGGAAUUUUUUUUUGCUUUCCAAGGUGGACGGAAAUGGAUUUUGAAUGGUGAUCGCCAACAUUGUGGAAUACGCACGGAUUACCUCGGGCAAAGUAAAAUUGAACGUCGGGGGUGGAAAAAGUUGUGAUCUCUGAGACGCAGUGACCAAGUGAAUUUCCUGUGAAUUUUCUCACCUCCUCAAGUGUGUGACUGUGUGCGUGCUUAACAAUGGAUAAAUUCCUAUAUAUCAACUUAUUUCUGGUCAUACUGGUUGGACUGACUAAAGCACAAACGCAAGUGGGAAAUCCUACAGCAUCAAAUAUUGAGCUACAGAAAGUGCAGGGCAUAGAAUUAACAGCGCAGGGGCAGCAGAAUAUUCCGACACAACAGACUUUCCAGGAGCAGCAGGAGAUUCGAGAUAUUCUCCUUGCGCAGGAAUUCCUUGAGAAGCAGCGACAACAGGAACUGCUGCAGCAGCAACAGCUUCAGCGUGAACAAUUGCUGCAGCAACAGCGAGAACAGAUACUGCAGCAACAGCGAGAGCAGUUAUUGCUGCAGCAACGACAAGAAUUACUACAGAAGCGACAGGAACAGCUACAGCAGCAGCAAAUUCAGCAAGUAAAUUCGAGACUUCCGUCUCUGCAAGAAAUUCAACAUGAUACCCCACAAACGAAUCUUCUGGCAAAUGCAUCCAAGCUGGAACAAGAAGUUUUGCGAGUCAUCUCACAAGGAUCAGAAAAUUUUGCCCUGCAGCUCUUCAAAACAUUAAUUCAAGCAAACACAGCUCAGAAUUACAACUGCAUUAUGUCACCCUUCUCUGUGUGGUCUCUGAUUGUGCUGCUAGUUGAGGGUGCUGGUGGAAAGACACUCAAGGAGAUUGAGUCUGUUCUUGGUCUUCCAAAUAAUAUUGCCUACGUGAGGCAUGGAUAUGCGCAAAUUCGCAAUGCUUUAAAUGUCAACACAUCAACUUUGGAAAUUUCUACAGUCCAUGCGAUGUUCUCAGAUAUAAAUCGGCCAGUCUAUCCGGAUUUUGAGAAGACAAUUGAGCAAUUUUACUUGACUGAUGUGAUUCCAGUGAACUACUUAAAUACUCAGAAUACAGUUCAGACAAUAAAUGGAUACGUUACGAGAGCUACGCAAGGACGUAUCGGCCAAAUACUCAGAAGAGGUGAUCUCAUGGAUGCCAACAUGAUUCUUAUUUCGGCGAUCUACUUCAGAGGGCAAUGGAAGAGUCCAUUUAAUUCUUCUCAAACCAACGAGGAGCCUUUCUAUGAUGAAUUUGGCAAAGCCCAAGGGAUGGUUAAAAUGAUGUUUCAGCGUGGAAGUUUCCCCUACACUGCAAUUGCUGAACUGGAUGCCCACAUCUUGGAACUGCCAUAUGGCAACCUCAAUAGACUCAGCAUGAUAAUCCUUCUGCCACGAAAAGGCAUUCCCCUCAGUCAAGUUAUUGAGAAAUUGGCCACCGUGCGACUUCAGCGGGUCUACGACGAACUGAAGAGGGCCUCCGAUGAAUAUGAAGAUGACGAAGUAGAAGUUUAUCUACCGAGAUUUAAAAUAACUUCAGAUUUUGGGCUAAAUCAAAUUCUGGAGCAAAUGGGCUUGAUGGACAUCUUCAGUCCAACUAAUGCUGACCUAUCAAAGAUCACAAACAAUCAAAUCUACCUUUCGCGGUUAAUCCACAAGGCGACAAUUGAGGUGAACGAGGAGGGAACUAUAGCAUCAGCCGUCACAGCUGGUGUUUUCGCGAACAAAGCGACUCCGCCCCGCUUCUAUGCUAACCGGCCGUUUGCGUAUCUUAUUGUGGACAAAUCGACAAACAUUCUCCUGUUUUGCGGACAAGUCAGGAACCCAAGUACUUUCUACUUCUAAAGUUGUACAUUUAACAAGUGAUAAAAUGUAUUUUUCACAUUAAAAAUUGUAUUGAAUUUUUUUUAACACAAA